UGAGCCCCGGCCCAGCCCCUCCACCUACCUGCUCCCCUGAUGAGACCAUGGGCUUUGGCAGUGACUAAGUGGCCACCCUCUGCCCCUGUGGGUCACUGGCGAUUCUCUACAAGACCUAGCAGCCGUCCAGGCCAGCUCUGGGGAAGCCUUGGCCACGAGGGGCCCCUGGCCAGCCCACCUACCCAGGAUGAGCACUUCCCCUCCCAGCAGCUGCUGCCCCCACCGUCACACCCCUCUGUAGAGGAGCACCGAGCCUCAGCUCCUGCCGGCAGGAGCCCACGAAUGCUGCACCCGGCCACCCAGCAGAGCCCGUUCAUGGUUGAUCCCCACGAACAGGUGCACCAGGGGCCUGUCCCUCUGUCCUACACAGUCACCACAGUGACCGCCCAAGGCUUCCCCUUGCCUAUAAGCCAACACAUCCCUGGCUGCAGUGCCCAGCAGCUCCCAGCAUGCUCCGUGAUGUUCAGUGAGCAGCACUACCCCCUCUGCUGCCUCCCACCUCCACAGCUGAUCCAGGCAAGUACCAUGCAGCAGCUCCCUGUGCCCUACCAUACCUACCCCCACCUCAUCUCCAGUGACCACUACAUUCUUCAACCCCCGCCACCGGCCCCACCACCUCAACCUACCCACAUGGCACCACUCGGGCAGUUUGUGUCCCUGCAGACCCAGCACCCACGUCUGUCCCUGCAGCGUCUGGACAAUGAUAUGGACCUUCGAGGGGAUCAGCACCCCUUAGGUAGCUUCACUUACUCCACCUCUGCCACUGGCCCAGCCUUGUCACCCUCAGUGCCCCUUCACUACCUACCGCAUGAGCCACUACACCAGGAGCUGUCCUUUGGUGUGCCAUAUUCCCACAUGAUGCCACGGAGACUGAGCACACAGAGAUACCGUCUACAGCAGCCGCUGCUGCUACCACCAACGCCGCCGCCGCCGCCGCCACCACCAUCUUAUUACCCAAGCUUCCUCCCCUCCUUCCUUUCAAUGCUGCCAAUGUCACCGACCACCAUGGGCCCCACCAUCAACCUGGAUGUGGAUGACAUGGAGAACUUUGAGGCCCUCCUGGACCUGGCUGAGCGGCUGGGAGAUGCCAAGCCCCGCGGCCUCACCAAAGCAGACAUAGAGCAGCUGCCAUCAUACCACUUUAACCCUGACAGCCAUCAGUCUGAGCAGACUGUGUGUGUGGUCUGCUUCAGUGACUUUGAGGUGCGGCAGCUGCUCCGAGUCCUGCCCUGCAACCAUGAGUUCCAUGCCAAGUGUGUUGACAAGUGGUUGAAGGCCAACCGGACCUGUCCCAUUUGCCGGGCUGAUGCCUCCGAGGUGCCCAGGGAGGCUGAGUGAGGCUCCACAGCCACCCACAAGAACCCUGCCCAAAGCUCCAGAAAUGGGUGGGGGGAGGCAGGGAGUGGCCCAGGGAGAACUGUAAGGGAGGGGCCAGGCCUGUCUCAGCAUUCCUACCGGCAACUUGAGAGCUGGUGCCAGGGUCAACCCUGGAGAAGCCCCUGCAAUAAGCCCCUGCGUUUGCCAAGCUCCAAAGACUCCUUCCUCAAACUGCCUGCCUGCCCGCCCGCCAUAGAGCUGCCUGAGUGUCCCCAACUCAGUCUGCCUCUUAAUUUGCCCUUGGGUCCUUCUUCCUGCUGGCUCUGGGAGGCAGGAGUCCAUUCCCCAAGUGUGGUGGCUGGUGUGAUCCCCACCCCCAAAAAUGGGCAAAGGAGUAGCCACCCUGGGUCAGCUGGUCUCUUGUACUGAAGAGAAGUACUCCUUGCACAGGUAGGACUGCCAGGUCUGUGGGCAGAUGGGAGCCAGCGACCAUUUCCUAAGGCCCAGGACUCCAGACAGACUUAGGCAGUCGACUCUGCCUCCACUGCUGUGCAGUGUGGGUCUGACUCCCCAGGACCCCACCCCAGGCACAGGAUUCCAGCCCACCCCAGGCUGGAGGGUAUCCCAGCCAC